AUGCCGCCCCGCCAGUGGAUCGACAAGAAGCAGGCGAGCACCUUCCAGCUCUUUCACCGUUCCCAGAAUGAUCCGUUAAUUCACGACCCCGAAGCGGACGACCGAGUCCUUCACCAUGUCGGCGGCCCUGCGCCUGCUCGCUCAUCGGCCUCUUCGACUUCGCAGAAGCCCUCCCGCAACCUCGCCGAACUUCAGAACGAAUUCAACCAAGAGGCAAUCCGCCGCAACGAGGGAGAGGCUGCCAAUUAUGGUAUCUACUACGAUGACUCCCGCUAUGACUACAUGCAGCACUUGCGCGAGCUUGGUACCGGUAGCGGUGACUCCUACUUCGUGGAGGCCAAGCCCGAGAAAGGAAAGGCCAAGGUCAAGGGAAUGAAGUUGGAGGAUGCUUUGGCCCAGGCCUCGUUGAACGACGAGCCCAGUGUCAAUGGAUCCGAGUAUGGAGACAUGCGCUCGACUACGACAGCGUACACGCGGAAGCCGACAUACCAGGAUCAACAGAAUGUUCCCGACGCGAUCGCUGGUUUCCAGCCUGAUAUGGAUCCACGUCUACGAGAAGCGCUGGAGGCUCUGGAGGACGAGGCCUUCGUUGACGACGACGACGAUGACGUUUUUGGCGAGUUGACGAAGGGCGGAGAGGAAAUUGAGCAGGGAGACUGGGAGGAUACUAUGUUCGAUCACGAUGAAGAAGACGAAGGAUGGGAAUCAGAUGCGACCGAGAAGGCGCCAGUGCAGAUGGACAACACCAAUGUCGAGCAUGAUGCCGACACGGAUGAUGCUCGGGACCUUGAGCCCGGUGAACUCCCUGAACACGAUCGCCCAGCCCCAGAUCUGCAACCGCAAGAUCAAGGCUGGAUGCACGAAUUUGCCAAGUUCAAGAAGGACGCCAAAGCCGGCAAGACUGCUGCCCCAGCUGCUCCCACAAUCGCCCCCUCUCAGACGGCCGCAUCAACGGCUUUCACAGCCGGAGGAACCCCGAUCCGGCGCAAGAAGCGCAAGGGUGCCAUGACCAACCCUUCUGCUUAUUCGAUGACAUCGUCUGCUCUGGCUCGUACCGAGGGACACCGUCUUCUCGAUGACCGGUUCGACAAGGUUGAGGCCCUCUACUCCCUUGACGAGGAAGAUGAAUAUGAUGACAGCAUGUCGGUGCUCAGUGGUAUGACCGGUGCCACUGGCAUGACUGGCAUGUCGACUACCUCCUCCCAAGCGCCCAGUCUGGUUGAUGCCGGCGGCGCCAAUGUCUCGCGCAGUGACUUCCACAAUGUCAUGGAUGACUUCCUGGCUAACUGGGAUGACAAUACUAGCGCCCAGGCCAAGCGCAAGGGAACUAAAAACAAGCGCGGCAAGAACGGAAAUGAGGCCAUUGGCAUUCGCAUGCUUGACGAGGUUCGCUCUGGUCUAGGCCCUGCUCGUUUCAACCCUUCCAGCAAAGUUCCGGGACGCGCAUAA